AUGAGACUUUCUUUCACCCAUCUCAUAGCUUUCCUCCUUGGAACCAGCCGCGCACAAGAGUCAUGCGACUCCGCUUGCCAGACGGCAUUCAAAGGAGCCCUCCUCCGCGAGUCCUCAGGGUGGGUGUCGAAGAACGUAACGCAAGACGAAUUCUACACCACCCCGAUCAACACCACUGGAGCAAAGCCAGGCGCCCUGCUGCGAUGGCAACAAGUCUCACGCAACGACAGCAACACAAAAUUCACAGCGCCAACCGGCAUGUCUCUUGCGCGCUUCAUGUACAUGACCGAAGACAUUGAACGAAACCCUAUUCCGGCUACUGGAUUCGUGCUGUUGCCGUACAGCAAGCCGAACCGGGACGAGCCACUGAAUACAAUAGUCUGGACCCAUGGCACAGCUGGUAGAAUUCGGAACUGUGCACCCUCCAACAACAAAGACUUGCACUAUGAAUGGAGGGGCCCGUAUGCUCUUGCUCUUGCUGGGUAUGCUGUCAUUGCGCCCGACUAUUCGGGUCAAGGUUCAGAUAUCGCUCAAGGAUUCAUGUACGAGGCGGGCUUCUUGCACGCAGCUGACGCCGUAUAUGGGUUAAUUGCCGCCCGCAAGGUUCUCGGCGACUUACUCUCUAAGGAAUACGUAGUCGUCGGCCACAGUGAAGGUGGCAUGACAGCUUGGAGAACCAACGAGCGGCUUGCGAUGCCCGACCAAGAAGAGCUGCAGAAGGCAGGAAAGCUCCUAGGCUCUGUCUCCGCUUCUCCCGCACUCCGUCCUCUUGACCUCUUCCCUGAGUCUAUCCGACGAGCCAAUGGAGGGCCGUUCGGUGGUGCCAACGCCAUCUUACUUCUGCAAUCGCUCGCACUGCUCUUUCCAGACACCUUUCGUCUUGAAAACUACCUUACAGAUGCCGCUCUCGAUCUCCUUCCACUCCUGGAUCAAGGCUGUAUUCUUGUUGCAAACGCAUUAUACGGCAACUUCACCAGCGCACAGAUGUUCAAGAAGGUCACUUGGUACGAGCAUCCAGAUGUUGUCGAGUGGCAAAGGCGCUAUAAUGGCGCUGGUCCUCACGCUCUCGCUGGACCUAUGCUUGUCGUUCAGGGCAACGCCGAUGCUUUGGUGUAUGCAGUCAACACCAGGAGCGACUUCAACCGCACUUGCAGCGCUUUCCCAGAGUCUCGUGUUUCGCUACUUUUGUACCCGGAGGUCGAUCACUUGGGUGCUUCGAUGGUUACAGUUCAUGACUAUCUUGCUUGGAUUAAGGAUCGAUUUGAUGGUGUGGAGGUAUCGGAAGGUUGUCAUACUCACACUUUGGAGACGAUUACGGAUACGUUCAGAACUACGGUGUCGUACUACAGUGGAAGUUAG